AUGGUUUUACUCACCACGAAAAUGAUGCAAAGGACGGCUCUGUUUGUGACCUCUGGGGGUCUGGUGACCUCUCUGGUCACCACUUUCCUUCCACUGUGGAAGACCAUGAACUCGGACCUGAAUGAACUGGAGAACUGGUACUCGGGACUCUGGCACGCCUGUGUCUACACCGAGGAGGUGGGGGUGCAGUGUAAAGCGUACGACUCUAUUCUGGAUCUUCCUCUGGACCUGCAGAUCUCCAGAGUUCUCAUGCUGGUCUCCAUCAUCUUUGGAGGCUUUGCUCUGCUGGCAGCCGUUCCCGGACUUGAUGGAGUCAUAAUGUUCUCAGGCCAGCCGGGGGUGAAGAGAGGGCUCCUGAUCCUGGCUGGGGUUCUGUCCUGGGUAUCGGGUCUGACCACUCUCACGCCAGUCUCCAUCCUGGCCUACACCACGGUGGUGGAGUUCUGGGAUGAAGGUUUUCCUGACGUGAUGCCUCGCUGGGAGUACGGAGAGGCCAUGUUCUCCGGAUGGUUUGGGGGUUUGGCCCUGGUCAUCGGAGGGAGCCUCUUCUUCGUGGCAGUGUGCAUGGGCGACUACGAACAGCAGCCGCUGAGCCCCGACGUGAAGAAGAGCAGCCAACAAUACAUGAAGACUGAGAUUCUGUAG